AUCUAUGAUCCAGACCGAGGUCGAACCUUCGAUAUAUGGCUCAGAAGAUACCAAGACUUAUUCGACAACGAGUGCGACGAUCUCGAAGAGAAGGACAAAACCCGACUACUCGUCUCACGCCUAGACGAGGAUUGUCAUCAAAUGCUGACUGCAGCUAUUGCUCCUAAACAACCGUCUGAGCUUUCAUGGAAUGAAGUUCUGGAGGUGCUGGAACGCCAGUUCGGAUCGGCGAAAACCUUAUUUCGCCGUCGAUUUGAAUGUUUCNCUCAACGCUCACACUGCUCCAACCUCGUGAAGCAAGCCUGGAACACAGAAGGAAUCCAAAGAUGGAAGCUCAAUUCAAUCGACAUCAUGGAGCUCACCAAAGGACGUUCAAGCCCGAUGACAUCGUUUGGACUCGUGACUACCGCGCCGGGUACCCAAGAUGGAUCAAAGGACGGGGAUUUCGCCACGGACAAUGUAUAUACGAUGUUCAGGUCGAUGAUCAACUCUGGAGAAGGCAAGCGAAUCAGCUGCGCCCAGGAUCAGACACAGCUCAUACCACGCUCAAUGAUCAGUUCGACCUACCGCUCUUGCCAUGCAAUACAAAUGAUACUCCGACACGGGACCAAAGCGCUGGGACAAACGAGGACAGUUCACCAACGCCAUCCGCCGUCGUGCCAACUGCCAGUCCUCGACGAUCGCGAUCAAGACGCCCUCCAGUGCGACUCCAAGUCAAUCCCAAGAAGAAGACUUACACCGAUGGUAUUCGUCUUGGGAGGGAGGUGUUGGAUCCCUGGCUUUGACCCUGUCUUGAUCUCGCCCUGCGGGUCAAGCACCUUGUAG